AUUUUGUAGUUCCAAGCUGGUCGUGGCGCACGAAUGGAUUGGCAGUUGCGAGACCAGUUGCAAUGCUUGGAUAGCGAUCUUUCUGCUCUUUUACGUCCGCGAGCACAGCCUUCAAUCAAGACCGAUCAAAGGAGAUGUCCCAGCUGCGUCCGGCCUUUGCGCCCACUGCGGAUCCAGGUCUUGGGGCAGUGCAUCAAGUCUCUGGGAACGCGGACCUUCAACUGUUCCACAGGCCUCAACCGUUUGCAGCGCCGGGACUUGGCAGAGCUGCUCAGCGCUUGCACGGUGGAGGAUCCAUCAGUGGAAGAACUUCGUGCUGCACUGCAGGUUUUGCCCUGGACGACGAAGAAUGCGGCUACGAUGCUACUCCCAGCAGCUGUACCUCCAGACUCUCGCGCAGUGAUGCUGCUCACAGGUCGUGGAGCAGAGCCUUCCAUUGACAAGGAAGGAUGCACCUUCUGUCAAGGGCUUGUGCGCGAGGAAGCACAGCUCUGCAAGGCUUUGCUGACAUUAGCUGCACAACUGUUGAGUUGGUCGGCAGGUUUGGAAGAACUGAAGCGGAAGAACUUUGCAGCUGUGGUGCUGGAUUGCUGCCGCUCAGCCACCUUCUGUGAUGAUGUGGCAGUCUUUUGUGCAGACCUCGAACAGAUGCAGUGGAUGGAACUCUCAGACUUCUCCUCACCACUUUCAGUGCAGCGCCUUCCGCCAAAGGAGGUGGUGUCCAACACGCGGGACCAGAGCUUGAAGCGUGCAUUGCAGCAGGAUGUCUAUCUCGAAGAGAAGAAGGCACUUCAGCAGCUGCAAAGCCUUCUGGCUUCAGGGCAUGACGAUGAGAGCCUUCGGAAGCUGGAGCAACUCCUUCUAGCCAGUUUGAGGGAAGCAGAGAAGGAGAUGCGUGAUACUGCAGUGGAUUCGCAAGUGCACUGGCCAAGUCCACAGGAGACAUGGACGCUGCCGACGGAGAGACAGGAAACGCCUUUGCACUUUGGGGAGCCACAGUUACCACAACACGCGCCACAGCAGGUCCACAAAGUGAUCUAUUGAGAGUCGGCGGGGGAAGGCUGGACAUCCAACAUGUGCAUGAGAGGCAGUCCGAACUGUUUGCAUUUCAACCACUACAUAGCCGAAACAGAAACAGAUGGUGAGAAAAACACGGUGGCCUUUCUGCCUGCGAAAAAGCUUAUGGUCAAUGAGAAUCAAUACAGUGUGAGAACCACAUAAAAGCCCUUCAUCACCAUCUUCAAGAAUGAGCCAGAAGAGUUGUUAGAAAAUUGCGGAGAUCUUGCAAGAGAAUGAGUUCAACCACGAGGAGGCAGAUAGGUUGGUUCCUCAAAGGAAACAUGUAGCAAAGGCUGACUACAACUGAAGCUGGCUAAUCUGUGGGACUGGCAAAUAGAGAACAGGAAUUCACCUGUUUGGUUGUUUGAUGGGACUGCUCAAUACAUUUCGGUGCACGUCUGCGGAGUCGUGCAGCGUCAUUGGUUCAAUCUUCCAAUAAGGCCCUUUAGGCUUCUGCAGCACAGAUGUCUUGGCUCCUUGCAGAACGGUGGAGAUGACAACAAGACAUGCUCCCAAGAUAUCAGUGACUCAGAGGAGGAGAUUUUGCACACGGCCCCGGUCGCUUGGGAGCUGUCCAGUGUAGCGAAAGAAGGUGCCUAAGCCAGAGUUUUUGUUUCACCUGCCGCAGCACAAAGCAGUCUUGAAAAACCCGGCAUUUGUUGAUGCAGCAAUAGGUGGGGGGAUGGAACGCGCGGCAGAAUGAACGAACAGCACCCUGCCCAACUUUUUCAGGACAUCCUUAUUGAAGUUUGCAGACUGUGUCGA